CUAAAACCAGGCGGGGUUCCGGUUAAAGUUUACUGGAUAUCGGAAACGAUUAGUGGAGCCCAGACCAGUGGAAUACCAAUAGAUGGGAUGGAUCAAGCACUGUAAACUAGUGGUACCUCACACCUGACAUGGAAUUACGUUGGACUUUUUGAAGCUGGAAAUAAAUCAGGGCUGUUUUUGACUAUGGCAACUAUGGGGGAGGAGUCGAGUUCCAGUGUCACCGCCCCUACUGAUACCACAGGCUCUGCCUCCAGUCCACAGAGUGAUGCCGUAACCAAUGAGCUGCAAGAACUGUCUCUUCAGCCCGCCCCCAACUUGCUUCCUAUUCGUGAAAGGAAGAAUGUGCUCCAACUCAAACUUCAGCAGAGACGGACUAGAGAAGAACUGGUUAACCAGGGGAUCAUGCCACCACUGAAAAGUUCUGCAUCCUUUCAUGAGCAAAGAAGAAGUUUAGAGCGAGCUCGGACCGAGGACUACCUGAAGAGAAAGAUCCGCAGUCGUCCAGAGAGGUCAGAGCUGGUCAGGAUGCACAUUCUUAAAGAGACGUCAGCAGAGCCGUCUCUGCAGGCCAAGCAGCUUUUGCUGAAACGAGCUCGACUAGCCGACGAUCUGAACGAUAAAAUCUCCCAGCGGCCCGGUCCGAUGGAGCUCAUUCACAAAAACAUCCUACCAGUGCACAGCAGCCUCAAACAAGUCAUCAUAGAGACGGAGUUUCCAAAAGUAGAAGCGGAGAACUCUUCGUUCGAUGAGGAAAGCAGUGACGCGUUCUCACCGGAGCAGACACUCCAUCAGGACUCUCCCCUCGGCCAAGGACACUUACCUUCUCCACCUGAGAUACCGGCCAGUGAAAGGACACCAAAACAGGUCUCGCCCCCUCCUCCUCCUCCUCCUCCUCCCCCUCCUCCACCGCUGCCAAACACAGCUGGCCCCGCCCCUCAGCAGAAACUAGCCAAUGGAACAACAGGCCACAAGCAAGCUCCGGCACUACAGAAGGGUGGUAAAGUGGGGAGUGAGCGUCCUGUUCAGCGCUCUAAGAAGGUGAGAGACAACAAACCAAAAGUGAAGAAGCUGAAGUAUCACCAGUAUGUUCCUCCGGACCAGAAACCCGAGCGUGAGCCUCCGCCUCUGCUCGACUCCUCCUAUGCCAAACUGCUCUAUCAACAGCAGCUCUUCCUCCAGCUGCAGAUCAUCAACCAACAACAGCAAAACUACAACUACCACACCAUCCUACCUGCUCCACCCAAGCCUCCUGCUGAUCAGCAGCCUGCCUCAGCCAAUGGCUCUUCAUCAUCCAAAAAUGACACGCCUCCUCAACCAACAUCCACGAAUCUGACUUGUCAGAAUCAGCAGACCACUGCAAUGGGAGGUGGAAUUAAAGUAGGACCUUUGCCUCCCAACCUGGAUGAGCUAAAGGUGGCAGAGCUGAAGCAGGAGUUAAAAGUGCGGGGCUUAACCGUCUCAGGCACCAAAAAUGAUCUUAUUGUACGGCUCAAGCAUUUUCACGAGCAGAACGGUGGCACCAACGCUCCAACAUCUUCUAAAACCAACUCACCAUCAACCCCUGUAGUGGGAGGAGCCUCCACCCAGUCAACGGACAGGAGUGUGGUGGUUGCUCCCUUCUCGUUCGUUGCUACUGCAGAAAUGGGCGGAGCUCAGACGUCAGCGCAACAGAUAAUGCAGUUUGGAAGCACUAGCUCCUCCCCUCCAGUUUCCCCCGCCCACUCAGAGCGCUCAUCCACUGGAAUGAGCCCAGAUGAAACCAGCUGUAAUGGGGAUGCUUUUGGAGAAAUGGUGACCUCUCCUCUUACCCAGCUCUCCUUGCAACCUUCUCCUCCUCUCCCUUCCACGAUCUGCAUUAAAGAGGAGCCCGGCAGCCGGACGUCUCCAUCCUCCUGCUGUCUGCUGUCCCAGUCUGCGGCGCCCCCUGUAGACAAGGACCAGAUGCUGCAGGAGAAGGACCGACGCAUUCAAGAGCUCACACGCAUGCUGCUGCAGAAACAGCAGCUGGUCGAAUCUCUGCGCUCGCAGCUGGAGGGCAAACGGGUGGCCGUGCCGGUCCAAAUAAAAGACAAACUUCCUGGUGUCACUAUGGAGGCGGUCAGAGCGACCAUAAAGCAAGAGGUCAUAGAGGUGAUUGAAGACAUAGAGAUGGUGACGGAGCAACAGGUGUUCCCACAAGCAGGGCAGACGCAGAUGCAGACGCAGCUGCAGCAGCAAAGGACAGUGACGGCAACAGAGCUGGAGCAGGAGCAACAGCAGCAGCAGCAGCUCGUAAUGCAACAGAAUCAGCGCAACCUGCAGCAGCAGACACAUCAGAGGAAGAGGAAAACACAGAAACAACCGCACAACCAACAAAAACAACAGUUGCCUCAAGCGCUUACCAACCAGCAGUCAAGUCCCGUUUCUUCAUUCCCAGUGGAUGUACUGAACUCAAACUCCGCCCCCACCAUAGUGACCGACAGGAAUGGCAACCAGUUCCUGCUAACACUGUCGAAUCAAAACACAGAGGCACCAACCAGAGGCCGCCGCACCCAGGGCAAAAGACUACAGUCUACACCCACCAUGUUACCCAACCAAUCAGUGGCUGAAUUUCUUAACAAAAACAACCAAUCAGAACAGCCUGUACAAACUGUCAUUUUGAAACAACCAAUCAAAAAGGCACUAAAGCCAGACCUAAAUGUGACGACCAAUUACAAAACAUCAAGCUGCACAUCCAUCUCAUCGCCAGCCGAUAUCCAACCGUUCUUCUCUCAAGUGGAUUCCAUGAACGACACUGAACCCCUCCCCUCAUCUCCCAACAACAACAAUGAGGAGAUGUGUUUGAGUUUGGACGAGCACCUCUCCUUGUGUUCACCCAUAGCUCUUUGUCAUCAGGAGAAUGGCUGCCAUCAGCAAGUUGACGACUUGUUUGACAUCCUAAUUCAGCGUGGAGAAAUCUCUGAGAAUUUCAAAGCCACCCCUGAUCCUGUUCUCGAAAGGCUUCGGCCAAACACGCCUCUCUCCUCAAGCUCCUCCCCUCUCGGUCUUUCCCAUCCUCCUGAUAGGCCCCUCAAAACUUUAAUUUUAGAACCUCAGCCUUCUUCAAUUAAAGCACGCAGCAACUGUGACACAGGAGGUGGGCGUCUUGAAGAUUUCCUGGAAAGCACUACUGGCAAACCUUUGCUGGGAGUGGAGCCAGGAGGCCCGACCACGCUAAUUGUUGACCUCCACAACCAAAUGCUCAGCACGCCGAGUAUCCUAGACCACCCACGCUCCCCAAUGGAUACAUGCGACAUGAGCUUUUCCAGUCACUCGCAUUCAGAUUUGAUAGACUCCGCCCCCGAUCCUAUGGAUUGGAUGGAACUCGGAAUGGGCGGGACUGGAGGGGAGGGGCCUGGGAUGGUACAUAUGAAUGGAAACAACCCCUCUAGCUUAUUUUCCACAGACUUUCUGGACACUUCUGAUCUGAAUUGGUCAAGCUUAUAACUCAUGGGAUAUCGCAGACUGCUACAUUUUUGGAAAGGGCCUAUUGUGGAUUAGCUUCCUUCACAUAGUACAGUUUAUAUUCGUUUCAACCAAUGGCUUGGAUUCAACAAGUAUGGAUUUUCAAAAUACUAAUUUAACUUUAUUGGACUUCAUCCCUCACCUUUGCUUGCGCAAACGCUCACACCCCUGAUAGCACACACAUGUCACAGAGCCAUCUAUAUGUAUUUCAUUUGUUGUGCUUUUUUUAGUCGGAAACACAUUGCUUAAGCGUUUCAAAUUUGGAUAUUAGAGCAAGUUGUUUCUGUGUUUUUUUGUUUUUUUUAAUAUAUAUAUAUAAUGUAAAAGAUGUGAAUUGCUCUUAUAUCAAUGACACUUAAAACGAGAUGCUUUCUAAAUGAUAAAGUCUCAGUGAUGUAUGUGUGCUUAUGGAAACCUGCAUACAAAAAUGUAAUAUACCCUGUUUUUUUGCAUCCGUUUUAACAAAUUUAUUCACUAAGUGCAGCUUUUGAAUUCAACUUUUAAAUUCAACCUUUAAAUUUGAUUAUGCGGCAUUAAACUAAUGGUUUUUCUGACUUUACCUGCUUUACCAAAUAUAGCUGGUAAGCUUAUGCAUAACUCAAUAGGUUUGAAAUGUACACCUGGAUUUUACUGUUUAUAGUACUGAAUCAAUCUUGCUAAAAAUUUUAUAGCAUAAGCAAACAGGUUUUGUAACAUUUUCUCAGCGUUGACAUUCAUAUGUUGCCAUAAGCAUAAUAAUAAUAAUAAUAAUAAUAAUAAUAAUAAUUUGUUUAAUUAUUAUUAUAAAUCCUUAGUACUUAAUACUGUUUCACUUCAGUUAAAUCUUAUUUUUAAAAACAAGAGUCUUUAAUUACAGCUGCUUAUUACAACAUUAUCUGUUCAACAUUUGUAGAUGUGCCAAAAAUAUUAUUUUAUGGCUAUAAAUAGCCAGUAAGCUAUUCAAUAUUUAGUUGAAUUUUAAUGCAACAACUGGACUAUGCUACUUUUUUGUUUUGGAAAGACAAGCCAUUCAAACCUUGUUUUGUUCUAUAACAUUGCAACCUGACUAGAGUUGCCAGACGAAGUUAAUUACUGUGUUAAUAGUGCUUGACAGUUAAGAGAAUGACUCCAAACUAAUAACCUUGUGUUACUGCUCAUCCUUGCCAGGUUUACAUUAGCAGUCAUCAAAACACAGUAUAAGAAAUUUUAAUCACAUUUUAGCAAGCUUAGAAAAGGUAUUACUACUUCAUAUUUUUAAACCCAGUAAAUAUUUCUAUACAUCUACAGUAGCUCAAACUGUGCAUGCUAUAUGUGGGACAUGGUGAGUGCUGGGAAACUACUUUAUUAAAUUGCAUUUUAAUUUACUGUUCUUAAAAAUCGAACAUGCCUGUACCAAAAACAUCAAAGCAUCCAUUUUAUAGAUCUGAAUGGGAAUUUUCAGCCUUUUACUGUAUAUAUUCUGCGUUGUAUAUGAGCUAAAAUGUUGUAUAUGCCUAUCACGGUACACAGCGUACUGUCUGUACUGCACUGUAUUUUAUCAAUACUUCUGUCUGUAGGUUGAAGUUUUGAUAAAAGAAUAUGAGCCUAUAAGAUAUAAUGAAUGUUUCUAAGAUCUGAUUGUAUAGUUUUUAGUGUAUAAAAGAUUAUAAGAUAUACACAAGGCAUAAUCACAUCUAAUCAAUAAGGAA